AUGCAUAUUCAGAGUAAGGAGGACAUUGUCUCCCGAAUCGAUGCUGCCCGCUGGGUUUUCUCAAGCCUUUGGAAAUGCCUAUGGAUCCGACGCGACCUCUUCAUCACCACUAAGAUUCGCGUGUACCGUGCAUCUGUCCGGUCUGUCCCUCUCUAUCGUUGUGAAUGCUGGGCUUUGCGCGUGGAGGACGAGCGAAAACUGGAGGUAUUUGACCACCACCGCCUGCGGACCAUCCUUCGAGUGAAGUUCACCGACUUCGUCUCAAAUGAGACAGUCCGCGCUCGCUGCGACAACAUCGCAAGGAUAACUCAGGCCAUCCAAGAAAGACGACUGAAGUGGUUCGGGCAUGUUCUUCGUCGUCCACCUCAGGAGCUCAGUGUCACUGCCCUCGAUCCCGCACCGUUGCCCUAUUGA